AUGAAAGGCUACGCAGAGGAGGAGGAAAUGCUGGAAAUAGGAACUUUCCAGCGCCGUGACCAAUAUCAUCCCUACGAGCAACAAGAACCUUCCAUAGAAGAGUUUCCCCCUAGACCCGCCCGAGGUACCCCCAGAGGUCCAGCAUCAAACGCUUACUCACAGCCGAAUUCGUUUUAUCCCGAUGAAUUUGCAUCACCUUCGCCAGGCUGGCCGCCUUCAAUUGCAGGUCGUUCGGAAUCUCAGACACUAGUGGACAGUGCUGAAUCCAGGUCUAGCGUUCGCUCAUGGCGGACUGGACAACAGACACCGGUCGAUUCGACUGGUGCACCUCGGUAUAGUGUUCCAUUUCACAAUGACUCUAGCCCGUCAACGCCCAUGAACCAAAGUCACAUUAGCCUCACUGGACUCCUUAAGCAAGCUCAGCCACCAGCUGGAGGUAAGGACUGGGUUGAUCGUGAGAGCAUUGAUAUCGUACACAAACGAGAUGAUAGCGACAUCUGGAGAGGCUGGAGACGGCAUUUAUUCAGACUGGUUCCCCUCUUGACCUUCGCCAACACUGGCUUCUACAUAGCUUAUUUGGCUCUGCGCAUCGCAUGCGUUGUUUGGGCCCAGAAUGCGUUUGAGACAACCUACUCGGCCGCUUGGAUCUUCAUCGCUGUGGAAAUCGCUGUCGCCAUUCCUUCUUUGAUGCAUAAUAGCUGGACCAUGAUGUCAAUGAAGAAGCGAUAUAGACCCAAGCUGCGGUUGAGAGGUUACGACGUCCCUACCGUCGACGUCUUUGUUACUUGCUGCGGCGAGGACGAUGACCUUGUAAUGGACACUGUUCGAGGCGCAUGCGAUGUCGACUACCCUUACGAUAAGUUUCGUGUCAUUGUCUUGGAUGACGGCAAGUCAGAGACUCUCGAGGCCGCCGUUACCCGGCUAGGCAUGUCCUACCCCAACGUCUACUACAUGGCUCGUGUGAAAGUUCCCGGACAACCCCACCACUUCAAAGCUGGGAAUCUGAAUUACGGUCUUGAGCAAACUCACCUGCUUCCUGGUGGUGCUGGGCAGUACAUGGCAGCCUUGGAUGCCGACAUGAUUCCCGAACGUGACUGGCUCCGAGCUAUUCUCCCGCACCUCCUCAUUGACAACAAGAUGGCUCUUGCAUGCCCUCCCCAGCUGUUCUACAACACACCCCCAUCCGACCCGCUGUCUCAGAGUCUGGACUUCUUCGUUCAUGUCAUCGAACCUAUCAAGGACGCGCUUGGUGUUGCAUGGUGCACCGGCUCCGGUUAUGUUGUGCGACGUGAAGCGCUCGAUGAAAUUGGCAACUUUCCUCUUGGAUCAUUGGCUGAAGAUGUUGCUACUUCCACUCUGAUGCUGGGCAAGGGCUGGAAAACCGCCUUUAUUCACGAACCGCUUCAGUUUGGUACCGUACCCGAAGAUUUUGGUAGUCACUUGAAGCAGCGCACCCGCUGGGCCAUUGGAACUGUGGACACAGCCUUCAAGCUCAAAUUCUGCUUAUGGGGUGAGAAGAUUCGGCAGAUGACACUGGCUCAACGAUUCUCUGGGUUCCUCUACGCCGUGCUCAGCUUGUACACUAUUCUUGUCUCGAUUUCCCUGUUUGCCAUUCCCAUUAUCCUGGUCAUGGGCAAACCCUUGGUUGCCUACGCCUCUGAAGAACAGCUCCGUUGGCUCAUUCGUGCUUGCUUCGCUUCAACUAUCAGCAACCGCCUGUGCGAGUUUGUUCUCUUCAUCCCUGCCGGCUACCACACGGGCCAGCGUGGUUCCCGAUACCAGCUUUGGAUGUCGCCGUACAUUGCUCUGUGCCUCAUUCGUUCCUUCAUGCUACCCAAGUGGCUGGGAGGUCAGGUGCAAGCUUUCAAGCCCACGGGUUCUUUGUCUUCGGCUCUGAACGAGCGUGAUCCCGCACUCAAGAAGAACAUGCUUCGCCGCGUCUGGACCAUUCUCAUCAACUACAUGGGAAUAUUCCACCUGCUCUUUGUUUACUUCACACUAGUGGGCGUGGUACUGACCUCAUACCGAUGCUUCGUUCGCACAGACAGCACUCGUUCGCUCUUGCUGUGCCUGGUGACGCACGCAUUCUGGCCGCCGUUGACUUUCAUCUUCAUCUGUAGCUCUCUGUGGACUCCAGUCGCCUACGCCAUUGACCCGCCGCAGAUGCCCGAGCGCGAGCAACUCCUCGACCGCGACCCUAAGACCAUGGUUGCUCACCCUACGCCUAAAAGCAAGAAGAUUGCUUUUGGUGGACAGGCUGCAUGGUUCGAGUUUGAGUUGACCACGUCGACCCUUUAUACGACUCUGAUUUUUGUGGUUUCCUUUAUAUUUUAA